CGCGCCGGUCCACUUACUUUACGGCCCUUGUGAUCGAUGCUCGAUUUGUCUGGUUGCAUACAUACAUACAGCGACAUUUUGCCGUAGCUGCUUUUUAGUCUUCAACCCUCGCCUAUUUCGAUUGUCUCGAGGAUCACGACAUGGAGCCCUCUCGCGAGCCACCAUGGGCAGAGCACGAAAAGGUAUACUUACUAGCUGAAGUGCUAAAAGCUGCUCAAGUACCCUCUCAUGUUCUCUUUGCAUUCAUACGCGAUACCAAUAUCCAGCCGCGAUGGAACGACAUGGCGUUGCCUCCUGGACGGUCUGUUCGCUCUAGCCAAAUGGCAUUCGAUACUCUUGCAGCAACCUACUCUGUGCCGGGACAAGACUACCGGCGUCCUCACUUACCAGCCCCAAUGAUGUACCCAGGUCCCGAAGUCCCUAAGAAGCGACCACAUCAGCCAGAGACAUCUACCCCGGUUGGACGACUGCUACAACCUCGACCGCCUCAUUCCUACCCAGGAGAAUAUAUACCUGCCGGUCCUGCCUAUCCCUCGGCUGUACAUCCGCCGAGCGAACCGACGCAUAAGAAAAAGCGCGGAAGACCGACAAAGGCCGAGGCGCAACAGAGAGCGCAGGAAGCUGCAGCGCGAGGCGAAGUAUAUCCCCCUCCAAGAAGGGGGCGACAGUCUCUCACGGGGCCACCGGAACAAUCACCACUAGGCCCAGAUCCACGACCGCUCGACCGUACCACUCCUCCAACAACGUCUUCUUCUCAAGCACCUCCUGUACAGACGCCACAGCAACAAACUGGAGUCGAGCAAGGGUCAGAAUCGUCAUCGGAAAAGAGAAGGCGUGCAAGACCGCAGCCGCUAGAGCUGGAGAAACUCCACACACCCACCGGCAUGGGAUCUCCCCUUACAUAUGGAUCGGGCGAUCCUAGUCGCAAUCAAGCAUAUUCAGCAUUCACACCAAACUCUGCGCCUUUGCCUUCCUCAACAGAAGUAAGGGACAGAGAUGUCCGCAUGGAAGGAGUCGAAGAGACUCAAGCACGAACUACGACACCUCACUCGUUUAAAGACACGGUUGGCAUAUAACAACAUUUCCUUCGUCACAAAAGCACCAUACGGCGGUAAUCUUGUUUUGAAACUGUUCCGUCAACGAUUUUACUUAUGCACUUACGAUGACCUUUAUGGCCAUGAAACCAUGGAGGUAUACUCUGCCAGUUCCGCGCAUGCAUCAACUAUCAUGUUCAUG